ACCCUCAUCUCUGGCUUAGACUGCACUGAGUAUCCGAGAAAAUAUAAGAAGAUCGGGGGUCAUGAGUUCGUGAAUUACUACUUCCAUGACAUAGAGAAGAUCACCAUCACUGAUGUGAAGCAGAAGCUGUUGUCUAUGCCGGAUUGUCCAGAUAAAUUGAAGAUGGCUGUCUUGUUUUUCCUUGGUACUAUUAUCAGAGGAAAGCCAAGGUAUGAGGGAAAUUUAGACUCCUUCAUAUUGAGGAUGGUGGAUGAUUUGGAUGCUUGCAAAACAUUUCCCUGGGGUCGUCUAACAUUUGAAGAUUCAAUAAGGGAGAUUAAGCGUGUGAUGAACCAAUUAAAGGGAGAAGUGACAAAAGAUGCAGUCUCCUUUCCUGGUUUCAUAGUCCCCUUAGAGGUAAGCAUAUAAUUUAGUAAAAGUUUUAGUUGUUAAAUAAUUGAAAAUCUGACAUGUAUGUGACACUGGAUUCUAUAGGUUCUGGCUUUUGAGUGUAUUCCUGCUCUGGGGAAAGAGUUUAGAAUCUAUCAAAAGAAUCCUUGUGCGGACUGUCCAAGGAUGUGCAAGAGCCGGUUUACAAAGACCAGUAUGAGGGGCUAUCCUUUGGAAGACAUAUACCGAGCGCUUGGAGACACAAAGACUAUUCACAGUGUGUUGGAACCAAAUAUUGGUGAGGAAAUGUUGUUGGCUCGUAUCAUUGACUUGGAACGAGAGUAUGACCGUCAGGGCAGCCCAAGCGAGACUUGGAACCACUGGUUAACUGUGAAGCAGAAGAGUAUUUGGUGGGAAGAGCUGUAUGAUUUAGAUCAAGCUGCACGAGUGUUUACAAAAAAGAAGGACAAAGAAAAGGUGACGUUAGCAGAAGCAUCAUCCUCUGAUUCGAGCUUGCAAGGUCUGGAAAAUAGGCUUUUGUAUUUCAUGGGAGAAGCAUUUGUUGGACUUAACUUUACGGUGGAGACAAAGCUGGAGGCUGUUGAUUUGAGGCUGGGUGGAAUUGAAAAGAACCAGCGGCUGUUGAGAUGCAGGGCUAAAAAAAUAAAAAAAAGGCUAACAUCUAUCGAGAAUAAGGUGAGUGAGAAGCCGAAUCGUGGUGAAGACAUGGAUUUUGGACAGUGCGAUGGUACGGAUUUUGGACAGUGGGAUGGGAAGGAAAAAGAUGAUGCUGAGGAAGAAGAGAAGGAGAAGAGUGGCAAAGAGAAGGAGAAGAGUGGAGAGGUUGAUAAAGAUAAGGAAAACAGCGAGACUGAUGAGGAAAAUGGUAGUGAGCGAGAGUUGAACGAACUGAAGGAGAGAUGUAGAGUACAGGCUGAUGAACUAUGGAGGAAAGUAGAGGCAGCUGAGGCUGAAGAGGAUCAAGCAAAUGACGAAAGGAAAGAGGCUGCAACCAAUGAGGAAAGCAUUGAGAAUAGUGAGGAUGAUGAGAAAGUGUAGGCAUCUGAGUCUCCAAACAGUGAGCCUCGUUUUGAGUCUCCGAUCAAUGAGCCUCGGGUUGAGGCAGAUAAAACUCCAACACCACCAUCUGGUGGUAGGACUAAGGCAAUGGCUGCGAGGAGAGUAGUUCAUUCACCACCAAAUACGUGGCCAAUAGUGGUGGAAGCCAAGGAAAAAGCUAUUGAGAAAG